AUGGCAUCAAUGCAGUGCAGUACGGUAUUCCCACAGCUCCUAUUGCUGCUCCUGCUGCUGCUGUGGGGUCCUGGUCUCACUUUAGGAGCCUCAAAGGAUUUGGUGUGUGAGCCUAUUACGGUCCCCAUGUGCAGGGGCAUCGGCUACAAUCUGACCUACAUGCCCAAUCAGUUCAACCAUGACACCCAAGAGGAGGUUGGACUUGAGGUGCACCAGUUCUGGCCUCUUGUCCGGAUACGGUGCUCCCCAGACCUGCUUUUCUUCCUCUGCAGCAUGUACACCCCGAUCUGUCUGCCUGACUACCGCAAGCCGCUGCCCCCAUGCCGCUCCGUGUGUGAACGAGCCAAACGAGGAUGCUCUCCUCUCAUGAGUCAGUACGGGUUUGAGUGGCCUGAGAGGAUGAGUUGUGAACGGCUGCCCCAGCAGGGUGACGAUGUCCUAUGCAUGGACCAGAACAGCAGUGAGACCACCACCUUGGCUCCACUAUUCCCCAAGCCUACCUCCAAAGGCCGCACUAGACCACCAAGCCCACCUCAGUGUGAUAGGGAGUGUCGUUGUCGAGACCCACUUGUCCCCAUCAAAAGGGAGUCCCAUACUCUGUAUGGUCAAGUCCAAACCGGUCCGCUUCCCAACUGUGCCCAGCCCUGCCACCAGCCGUACUUCUCAGCGGACGAACGCGCCUUCACCAGCUUCUGGAUUGGACUCUGGUCAGUGCUGUGCUUCAUCUCCACCUUGACCACCGUUGCGACCUUCCUUAUUGACAUGGAACGCUUCAAGUACCCUGAAAGACCCAUCAUCUUCCUGGCUGCCUGCUACCUUUUCGUGUCUUUGGGGUACAUCAUCCGUCUGGUGGCUGGUCAUGAGCGAGUGGCAUGUGGUGCCAGUAACAGCAUAGGUGGAGACCAGCUGCACAUCCUGUAUGACACCACGGGCCCUGCACUCUGUACCCUUGUGUUCUUGUUGGUUUACUUCUUUGGUAUGGCAAGUUCCAUCUGGUGGGUGGUGUUGUCCUUCACUUGGUUCCUGGCUGCAGGAAUGAAGUGGGGUAGCGAGGCCAUUGCAGGGUACUCUCAGUACUUCCACCUUGCUGCCUGGCUCAUCCCAAGUGUCAAGACCAUCGUGGUCCUGGCUCUCAGCUCUGUCGACGGGGACCCUGUGGCUGGAAUUUGUUAUGUAGGGAACCAGAGUUUGGAGAACCUGAGGGGAUUUGUGCUUGCACCUCUUGUGGUCUACCUCUUCACCGGCUCACUGUUCUUACUGGCUGGAUUUGUUUCACUUUUCCGCAUCAGGAGCAUCAUCAAGCAAGGUGGCACCAAGACGGACAAACUUGAGCGACUGAUGAUCCGCAUCGGGCUCUUUACAGUUCUAUACACAGUCCCCGCCACCAUCGUGGUGGCAUGCCUGGUCUACGAGCAGCACUACCGGCCUGGUUGGGAACGAGCCUUAGCCUGCAUGUGUCCCUCUGAGCGCCAGCGUUUGGGCAUAGGCCCAGACUAUGCGGUCUUCAUGCUCAAGUACUUUAUGUGCCUAGUGGUGGGCAUCACCUCAGGAGUCUGGAUUUGGUCAGGGAAGACCUUGGAGUCCUGGAGGAGGUUUGUGGGUCGUUGCUGCCCCUGCUGGCCACAGAAAGCAACAGCUCCCCCCUCCAUGUACAGUGAGGUCAGUACUGCUUUAACUGCUCAUACUGGUACUGGGCUCACAUCAGGGAUGUACCAUAAAGCUGCUCCAUCACAUAUAUGA